UCUGAUCUUAUUGCCGAGGCUGUACACAAGCAUUUAGGUGAAGGCGAAUUGGCACAACGCAAAAUUCUAGGUGUGGACAAUGUCACACAGGAUGAACGUGGCCUGCGUACAUUGAUCAGCGCUGGUUGCUAUCGCUCUGCAGUGAAUCUCACUGGACGUUUAUUGACUAUCUAUGGUCAGGGGUAUGGUCGUGCCGGCCAACCGGCCAAACAUUCGCCGCACUCACUGCAAUUGUGGUUCACACGUUUAGCGCUUUUGGCGAAAUUGGGUGAAUUUGAGCUGCUGCAGGCAGAAGCAGAACCAUUCGAUCAACUUAAUCGACCAGAUGUGUACUAUGAGUUCUAUCCAGAAAUGUAUAAUGGAAAAACAGGCUCAAUUGCUUGCUUCUCCUUUCGCUUACUACUUGCUGAAUUGCCCAUUUAUAUGGGAAACCCACAUUUAGGCUUAGAUCGACUGUCAGAACUUUAUGUGAUAAGCAAUGAAAUUAAAAAGUAUUUCGCUGGACGUGAACCGAAAGAUGCAGAACAAUUUUGGUGGCGACGUGAGAUACGCGUACUACAUUCCAUAGUCAAUUGUGCGUUAAUAAUGAAGAAGUUCAAUUUGAUUGAUGACAUCAUACGCGGCAUGAUACUGGAAAGCGCUGAUUUGAGCAAGGAAGAACGGCGUGCACUGUAUUCUGCUUGGGGACGCAUUUAUUUACAGAUUGGUGAUAUUUUUGGUGCGGAGCAGAAAUUUGCAGAAGCACGUCGGAUGCGUGAAAUCAAUUCCACG